UUACAAACGAAGUGAAAAAAAAUUUCAAUCUUUUUAACUUUACACAGAACAAUUUGGCAGUGUUUAUGCAAUAGAAUUAGCACCGCUGUAUUAUUCCUUGCCGAGCUACACCCAUUAAAUGUUGAAUAUCGGUUUCUGCGUUGCGCAUGCCUCCAUGUCUGGURCCGAAUGAUGGUGUAGUUGGACGCUAGAAAACCGGCUUCUGCAAAUCCGUCACAUUUUAUCUGUGAUAUGUAAAGUGACGUUCCAGCUCUUGGUAGUCAAAGCCUUCCGGUACCGAGUAGUAGAAAUCGCGAUUUCCACCGGAUUUAGUGUCGAGUGCGAGGGUUGUUUGCCGAAAUAACAAUGUUGACAAGCAAAGCGAAGCACUAUCUCCACUGCUGUCUCUUCAUCUAUGUGAUAUUCAUGUUCGAGAUCUUCACCGGAGGGAUUAAACUCCUCGACGGCGCCUUUUUCGUCCCGGCCGAAGACAUCAACCCCUGGGUGCAGUACGGGUACUUGGGCGCGUUGGUGCUCUACCUGCUUAGAUUAGUGACUUUUCUCCCAUUACCCCAAGUGUUGUUUAAUUUCAUCGGAUUGACUUAUUACAAUGCGUUCCCGGAUAAAGUUGUAUUAAAAGCGUCACCGAUUUUAGCGCCCUUUAUCUGUAUUAGGGUGGUGACCAGGGGUGAUUUUCCGCAAUUGGUUAAAAAUAACGUCAAUCGGAACAUGAACAAGUGUCUAGACGCCGGCUUAGAGAACUUCCUUAUUGAAGUCGUUACUGAUAAGAAGCUGGGGUUGGAGAAACACCGCAAGGUGAGGGAAAUUGUGGUUCCCCAAGACUACCGGACGAAAUCGGGGGCGCUUUUCAAAGCUCGAGCUUUACAAUAUUGUCUGGAGGACGACGUCAAUGUCUUGUCGCCAAACGAUUGGAUUGUCCACCUCGACGAAGAGACUCUCCUAACAGAGAAUUCAGUCCGAGGAAUUUUAAAUUUCGUAGGGGAUGGAAAGCAUCAUUUCGGACAAGGGUUGAUUACUUACGCUAACGAAGAAGUGGUUAAUUGGAUUACGACCUUAGCGGAUUCUUUUAGAGUCACUGAUGAUAUGGGAAAGCUCAAAUUGCAAUUUCGGAUGUUUCAUAAGCCGUUGUUCAGUUGGAAGGGAUCGUUUGUCGUCACACAGGUCGGCGCAGAACGCGAAGUCUCGUUCGACAACGGCCUUGAUGGUUCGAUCGCUGAAGACUGCUUCUUUGCGAUGAAAGCCUUUAGCAAAGGCUACAGUUUCAAUUUCAUUGAGGGCGAAAUGUGGGAGAAGUCCCCUUUCACCUUUUGGGACUUCAUUCAGCAGCGCAAACGCUGGAUCCAGGGUAUCCUCCUCGUGGUCCACUCCAAGGCCAUCCCACUUAAGAAUAAACUCCUGUUGGCUUGCUCGUGCUACUCUUGGCUCACUUUACCACUCUCCGUCUCAAAUCUGGUGUUGGCGUCGAAGUUUCCCAUCCCUUGUCCGCCGAUUAUUGACUUCAUUUGUGCAUUUAUCGGUGCUGUGAAUAUUUACAUGUUUGUGUUCGGUGUCAUAAAGUCGUUUACGGUUUACAGGUUCGGACUGGGACGAUUUGUACUUUGUCUGUGCGGGGCGGUACUCGUGAUACCCUUUAAUUUAGUUAUCGAGAAUGUUGCCGUAAUUUGGGGGAUUUUUGGCAAAAAACAUAAGUUUUAUGUUGUUAAUAAGCACGCCAGACCGCCAGUGACGGUCUAAGAGCCUGAAGACGGAUUCAGAAAAUGAGAAGCGUUCCAAAUGCGGAUCUGUUGGACGUAUUCUCAUUUUCCUUCUUCCAGUAGAAAAUAAAUUUUUACUUUAUGUUGUUCUUUUAUAAAUAUACAACGUAUUAAAAAUCAAUUAUAUUGAUACGGAGCGGUUUCAGAAUUGACCACCUCAUUCAUGUAUUUAUUACGAGUCAUCCCAUUAUCAAUUAUGAAAUCGCCAAAUUAGUAUUUACGUUUUUUGAAACGCAAAAUUCUUUAAAUACCGCGUGUCCCAACUACAUAAGACUGGGAAAAUCUUAUUAGUUGAGCCACGCUGUAUUUACGUUUUGUUAUCUGAUGCACUGCUCUAGACGUUUCAUUAAAACGAGCUGAUAGUGCAAUAAGAAAUGCAAACAUUCGUUUUUUUCCAUCUUAUUACAGACAGCUUUAUUAAAAUGCUGCCUUAUCAAGAUUUAUACGUUCCAUAAAAACUCCUCCGCGAAUUUCGGUACAAAACAAUUACCUUAUUACAAUGUACGGGAGGACCAAAUAUCCGACUUUUAUCGAAAACUUUAUUCAGCUUUUUUAUGUGUUCCUAAGUCGCGAAAUACGUAUUUUCUUUCACCGUUUUCCUUGCAUUGACUUCACUAGCUUCCACUGUAGCUUGCCAUUAAAUAAGCGAAUUUUGUUGUAGUAAGUAAAUCAAAACGAUUUAGAAUCAAAAAAUUGUCCAGCCAAAAUUUUUAUUGAUCAAGUAGUUUGUUAUUUGAUUGGUGUUUUAAAGUCAUAAAUUAGUGUUGCAAGCGUCUUAUUCCUUGUACAGUAACAAAGAUCUAGAGUUGUUAUAUUAUUUAAUUUAAGACGUGAACAUGUUCAUUUAGUAAACUGGUCUAGUGCAUGUUAAUAGAACAACAUUUUUUUAAUACUCACCGGCUCUUCAUUGUGACUGUUAAGAAAUAAGUGAAUACCCCAAAGAUUAUUUUUUAUUGUAUGUAAAUAACUUCAUGUUUUUAUGAUGAAUUCAUUAAAUUUUUCACUAAGGACAUACUAGUCAUUAUUGAUUAUCCAAAUAGUAUCGGUUGAUCUUAUUAUUUAGCUGAUAGUUUUUGUAGUUCAUUGUGAUUUCGGGCUAUUUUUUCGAGAAGCAAAAGUUGUUUUAAAGCCGACUGAUGAUUUUUUAUGUACAAAACGUUAAGUAAUAAAAAUGCACAAUACCAAUAAC